CGACUUGUUGGUGAAUUGUAUUCCCUCGUCUCUCAACAUCGCCCCCUGCAUCUGCGUUUCCGACACCCUUCCCACCGCGUCAUUCCCGUCAUGCUUCACGGACAGAAUCUACCGUGGCGAGCAGCACUCCGUCAAGCUUCUCGAUCUACAUCGAAAAUAGCCACAACCCGCGCAUCCUCUCCAUUCCUUCCAGCACAAUGCUCGGCAUCCUUCGCUAGGCAACCCAGGAGAUACCCAUUGCCACCGGCUGCGCUGUUGUCAUCUCGAGCUUUCUCAACAUCCAUUAGUAGACCGAGAGAAAAGAGCCCCAAGACUCCUCCAGAGGAGCAGGAGCAGGGAAAGGAGGAAAAGGAGGAAGACCAGACAAAGCAGCCCAAGCCUCAAGAGGCUGAAGAGCUAGAGGCGAAAACAAAAUCGCCAGACCCCAUACCGAAAGCCAAAGAUGCGCGAGGAAGCUCUGGUGCAGACGGUGCAGAGGGCUCAGGUGGCGAUGGCGGUGGAAAGAAGCGCAAACAGUCGGAACGAUCCCUUGUAAAGCCAUCGAUACCGGAAGUCUAUCCUCAAGUCAUGGCCAUACCCAUCGCUAAGCGCCCGCUGUUCCCCGGUUUCUACAAGGCUAUCACGAUUCGUAAUAGAGAGGUUGGCCAGGCUAUUGCCGACAUGGUCAAGCGCGGUCAGCCGUACAUUGGUGCUUUUCUUUUGAAGGAUGACGACGCGGAUAAGGAUGUAAUUGAUGAUCCUAAUGAGGUGUACGAUGUUGGUACCUUCUGCCAGGUUACGAGCGCAUUUCCGGUGGGGCCAGACGAUAACUUUUCCAUGACUUGCGUACUAUACCCACAUCGCCGGGUGAAGUUGACCGAACUCAAGCCCCCUUCUGUUCAGACACCCCCGGAAACUCCUGCGGAAGGCUCGUCAGUUGUCGAAAGUACUUUGGGCGAGUCAGCUGUGAAGGACGCGGAGACGGAUCACUCCAAGGGCGACGUGGUUGCGAGCUUCGAGGAGAACAGUGCUGACGCACUCAAGGCGCCCCAGUAUUAUGAGGCGACAUCAUUCCUCAAGGGGCGCAAGGUCAGCAUUGCAAAUGUGGAGAAUCUGUCCGAGGAGCCUUUCGACAUGAAGAACAACAAAGUUAUUCAUGCGUUGGUCAGCGAGAUUGUGAACACGUUCAAGUCUGUUGCCAAUCUCAACCCCCUUUUCCGUGAUCACAUCUCAACAUUCUCGGUACAGACCACCAUGAACGUUGGUGAAGACCCGGUCAAGCUCGCGGAUUUUGCUGCUGCGGUCGCUCAAGCAGAUUCUCACGAGCUUCAAGAAGCACUCGCAGAGAUGAAUGUUGAGCAAAGAUUAAGCAAGGCACUCAUCGUUCUCAAGAAGGAGCUCAUGAACGCGGAGCUACAGUCUAAGAUCGUCAAGGACGUCGAGAGCAAGAUACACAAGAAACAACGCGAGUAUUGGUUGAUGGAGCAAAUGAAAGGCAUUAAGCGUGAGCUUGGUAUCGAAUCUGACGGCAAGGACAAACUUAUUGAGAGAUUCCAUGAAAAGGCCAGCAAGCUGGCUAUGCCCGAAGCAGUGAAAAAGGUUUUUGACGAAGAGAUUAGCAAGCUUUCCCACCUUGAACCUGCUGCAUCUGAGUUCAACGUCACACGCAACUACCUUGAUUGGCUGACACAACUGCCGUGGGGACAAAGGAGUGCCGAGAAUUUCGGAAUUCAACAUGCGCGAGAAGUCUUGGAUGAAGAUCAUCACGGCCUGAAAGACGUCAAGGAUCGUAUCCUUGAGUUCAUCGCUGUUGGAAAACUUCGUGGCACCGUAGAAGGCAAAAUUCUCUGUUUAGUAGGUCCACCCGGCGUGGGUAAGACAUCGAUCGGGAAAUCCAUUGCUCGUGCAUUGAGCCGGCAAUACUACCGGUUCAGUGUCGGAGGCCUGUCUGAUGUUGCUGAGAUCAAGGGCCACCGAAGAACAUAUGUGGGCGCUCUGCCGGGUCGUAUCAUUCAAGCCUUGAAGAAAUGCCAGACCGAGAACCCUCUUAUUCUCAUCGACGAGGUCGACAAGAUUGGUCGUGGCCACAAUGGUGAUCCAUCUUCGGCGCUGUUGGAAUUGCUCGACCCUGAGCAAAAUAGCAGCUUCUUGGACCAUUACCUGGAUGUACCCGUUGACUUGUCUAAAGUUCUUUUCGUGUGCACAGCAAACAUGACGGACACUAUUCCACGCCCCCUUCUGGAUCGUAUGGAGAUGAUCGAACUCUCUGGCUAUGUUGCAGAUGAGAAGAUUGCUAUUGCGGAGCGAUAUCUCGCCCCACAAGCAAAGGAGGUCAACGGAUUGAAAGACGCCGAUGUCAUUCUGGAGAAGGAAGCUAUCGUGGAACUUAUCAACAAGUACUGCCGUGAAUCCGGUGUUCGCAACCUCAAGAAGCAAAUCGAGAAAGUGUACCGCAAGUCCGCUUUGAAGAUCGUGACUGAUCUUGGCGAAGAUGUGCUUCCAGAGUCAAAGGCACUCACAGAAGAAGGCAAGGCUGCGCAAGCAGAGGCUGAGAAGGAUACCACCGAUGUCAAGGAGACGCCGGGGAACAUCGAGCAGGAGACCACACCAACACCACGUGUAGCUCUGCAGGUGCCAGACGACGUCCAUGUUUCAAUCAACAAAGACAACCUCAAGGACUAUGUCGGCCCGCCCGUCUUCACCUCUGAUAGGCUGUAUGAUGUGACGCCCCCUGGUGUCGUCAUGGGACUUGCAUGGACGUCCAUGGGUGGUGCAGCUCUCUAUGUUGAAUCCGUCGUGGAGAAGGCACUCUCCGCAUCCUAUUCGCCUGGUCUCGAACGCACUGGCUCUCUGAAGUCCGUCAUGAAAGAAUCGACUGUAGUAGCAUACUCCUUUGCAAAGGGACUUCUUGCCCGAGAGUUCCCCAAGAACAAAUUCUUCGAGCACGCAAGAAUACAUCUUCACUGCCCGGAAGGCGCUACGCCCAAGGAUGGACCCAGUGCAGGUAUCACCAUGGCCACGAGUCUGCUGGGUUUGGCUCUCGAUACCCCUGUGAGAGACGGUGUGGCUAUGACAGGUGAACUCACAGUGACCGGAAAGGUGCUCAGGAUCGGUGGAUUGAGAGAGAAGACGGUGGCAGCAAGGCGAGCGGGCUCAAAGAUGAUCAUCUUCCCCCAGGACAACAUGUCGGACUGGCUUGAGCUUCCUGAGAACAUCAAAGAAGGGAUUGAAGGCCGCCCCGUAUCCUGGUAUUCUGAGGUGUUCGAUCUCGUCUACCCUGACCUCAACAAGGACGCCGCCAACAAACUGUGGGAGCGUGAGUUGAAGUCCAAGAAGGGCGACCGCAAGAGGAAAGAAUACAAACGCAAGGAUGAAGAUGAAGAGGAGAGUGGCGAUGAAGACGACUGA